GCAGUAUCGGUAAGACUGACCCCUCCUAUAUAUUUAUACAAUGGAGAACCUGGAGAAUAAUGCUUGGGUUUUUGAUUCCUUGGUCGGCUUUCUACACGGGCCAGUGUGGAAUAUACCAUUACAAUCAUUUAUAGAGGAAAAAUCUUUGCCUUUCGAACCUACUGAUGAUGGCGAAGUACUAGACAGACCGGAAUACAAAAAGAUUCACAGUGAAUAUCGGAAUCUGGUGGAUGUUAUGCUGGGUUCCUUCAUGGACGAUAUUGGCAUAUCCGCCGAUCAGUUCGAAGCAGCUUGCCGUCUAUCAGCACACGAUCUAGCUGGACUACCCGCUUAUUUUCACAAGCGUCUCUUUGAGCAAAUAUGGGCAGCAAAUGACUAUGAGAUGUUUGUCAAAAUGAUGACCCACAAAAAUGUUGAACUACAGUUACAAGCUUUAGAACUAAUAGAAAAACGAUUUGGGACUAUGCCCAAUUUGUUUUCUACGGAACCAGAAGAUUUACAAUCUUCACACAUCGAUGUACGUUCCGAUUGGCCGGACAAUGAUGACGUCAUGACAGAAAUCAAAAAAUUGCAACUGGAAGACACUGAAAUAAAAAACGAAAUAUUAUCGGUACCGCCUGAAGAAAUGGUAGCCGAGAAACAAACUUUGUUAAGCAAAUUACACCAAAUUGAAAAAAAAGAAAAAAAUGUUGAGAAAAAGGCUGAAAAAGUAACUUUUAAAGAAGAACCUGUAAUGCCGAAAAAAGUGGAGGUAAGUGAAGAAGAAAUUCGAGCACGACAAGAAUAUUUAAAGCAGCAGCGAGAUAAACUUCUUGCAAUGAAAAAACAAGUACGCGAAAAGAGACUCGACGUCGCGAAGAAUGAAGGCGACUCAGAAAGUAACGUUGGCGAAGGCUCCAAAACCUUUGCUAGGCCACGGUCCGCUCGCGUCGCACAAGCGGCACUCGCAGGCGCCACACCUUCGCCACCGCCAGACGCAAUGCAACUAAGAAGAGCUCUUGCCUCUAAAUUGAAAAAUGAAGUUGUCGACAUUAAGCAUUAAU